CUUUUUUAAAAAGAAAAACCUUUUCCUAUCUCUCUCGCUCUCUCUCUCAGAUCUCUCUCUUCCCUCUUCUUCAAUGGCUGAUCCCGCUUCUUCCAGAAACCAGCGCAACCGAAUCGUCUCUUCCGGCGUCAAGGGCUUCGUCGAGCAGCAGAUAUCUCCUGGAGAUGAACUGAUUGUCUCUUCGUCUUCUACUUCCGUUACUCAUCCUCCUGAUCCCUCCCUGUAUCAUCAGAACCCUACCAAUCUCUAUCCUUACGGUUGUAAUGUUGCACAUUCUGGUUAUGCUCAAGGCAUCAACACUUGGGAUGGGUAUCCACUUUAUGCCACUUCCCCUGAAGGCCUGCAUAUCCCACAGGUUGUUUACAGUGAAGAUUCGUCUCUUAUGUACCAACCUGGUUUUGCUUACAACCCUUACCCGUCUAUGAUGCUGGAGAGCCAAAUACCAAUCUCCCCAGCGUAUUAUCCACAGUUUGGGAUGCAUUUUAGCCACUCAGAAUUUGGUGGUGGCAGCGACCCAACAUCUGCUUAUAUGAUUCCUUUUGGUGGAUAUGGGGGAGGCAACUUAUCUGGGAAUCAAGGGGACAACUCUUUAACAUAUCCUCAAGCGAUGGGUAUACUUGGGCCAUACGACCAUAAUGCUUCACAGUUACCGUUACAUGGGAAUGGGGUUGCUUCAAGCUCUUCUUUGGGAGGAUAUUAUCCUGUAGGAUCUUACCAGAGUCCCAGCUCUAUUGCCUCAUACUAUGGAGCUGAUAAUCCAGUCAGAUUAGCCUCUGACAUUGGUAAAAGGCGUGAAAAGGAGUACAGUUCUGUACCUACCACCAGUGAUCUCUAUGGUAAUCGAGGACCGAGAUCGUUCACCAGGGUAAAGAGCAAGAACGGUUCUGGACUUAGUUCUUCUGCUGGUGAUGCAACAAAUGACUCGAGCACAGCUGGAUCAAACCCCAGUUUGUACAAUCAUCCAGAAUUUGCGACGGAUUAUAAGAACGCCAGAUUCUUUAUCGUCAAGUCGUUUAGCGAAGACAAUGUCCACAGAAGCAUCAAGUAUAAUGUCUGGGCCAGCACUCCACAUGGCAGCAAGAAAUUGGAUACUGCUUAUAGAGAUGCUGAGAAGAUGGGUGGAAAAUGUCCAAUCUUUCUCUUCUUUUCGGUAAAUGCUAGUGGACAAUUCUGCGGGGUGGCGGAAAUGGUUGGACCUGUAGAUUUUGAAAAGGAUGCUGCUUACUGGCAGCAAGGCAAGUGGAAUGGACAGUUCCCAGUGAAGUGGCAUAUUGUGAAAGAUGUACCGAAUAACCGAUUUAGUCAUAUUCUCUUGCAAAACAAUGACAACAAGCCGGUGACACACAGCCGAGACUCUCAGGAGGUGAAGCUACGUCAGGGGAUUGAGAUGCUGAGAAUAUCCAAAGAAUAUGAAGCGCACACAUCAAUCCUCGAUGAUUUCAGCUACUAUGAUGAAAGAGAGAGUGAAAAGGUGGGAGAAGAUGGGGUGAGGAAAGAAGAAACCUCUGCUGUGGAACAGUUAUCAGAGCGUCUUCAAGCUGUCUCAGUAGAAGAUGGAAAGGAGUGGGAGAAAGAAGACUUGAAAGAGAAGACCUGAUGUAAGUGAUUGAUGCAGGCAGUAAUAGUAACUAGAAGCAUUCUUUUGGUAAAAAACGGAGGUUUUAUGUUUUUUUUUUUUCCUUAGGUUGGGAGCUGUAUUCUAAAAUGUCUGUCUAAAGGAUAACGAAUGCAAUUCCUUCUACUUUUGUGGCAUUAUGCGUUUUUUUCAUCAAUGAAAAGCUUAGCUAUCUUUUUAC